UGCGAUGAAUGUGGAUCCGGAAAGAAAUUGAGCAAAUUACUUUACUUUAGAUAGUUAAUUAAUUUAGUUUUAGUUUUAAUUUUAUAAUUUAUUUCAUUUUUUUAUCUCCCUAAAAUAUAUUGACUGGUAUCGCUGCUUGUUUAGAGGAGCUUCAAAUUCUUCAGAUGUUCUUCAGGCUGUUGAAGAACGCUGGUGCUUGAGCAAUCUGUAAUUAGUUUCAAACACAUAUUAGUCUGGGUUGUAAAGUUUUCUAGAUUUAAAAUAAGUUAUUUGUUAACUAUGGGGUGUUUGUUGUAAUCUCAUUCUUGUGGCGUUAGUCUGAAUGCCAGAUACUUGUUAGUUAUUACUCCGUAAAAGAUUAAAGGAAAAAAGAAUAUUAGAAUAACAGUUGAAAGUGGAAUCGAAUGCAAUUCUGUCACAAAACACUUGGAGGAAUAUAUAGAUUUGAUUACAGUACAAGAAAACCCUAGGAAGCAGGCUUAUCCAUAACCUUCUACAUACAUCUUAGGAAAAUAACCCUAAGCCGCCUCUGUCCCGAUCCUUUGAGGUACCUGAAUACCCUUUGUUGCCAUCCAUCACUGGUACUCAUGAAACGAGGAUAUCCGGAUUCUCCUUCAUCCUCGUUUGGUCCACCACAAUCUAAAAGACCGCAUACUCAAGGUGAUGCACAAUUUCUGGAGGAUGAAAGCACAAAGAUUUUUGCUAGGAAAGUAGCUGAUCAUUACAGUGCAAGAUCCAACCAGACUCUAGAGGAACGGGAGGCUAGUCCUAUAAUACAUUUGAAGAAACUUAACAACUGGAUUAAGAGUGUCUUAAUUCAGCUUUACACCCGUCGGGGAGAUGCAGUCCUUGACCUCGCCUGUGGCAAGGGUGGGGAUCUUAUCAAAUGGGACAAGGCCAAAAUUGGAUAUUAUGUUGGUAUUGACAUUGCUGAAGGCUCAAUCAAAGACUGUCGCACACGAUAUAAUGGAGAUGCUGACCAUCAUCAGCGACGUAAAAAGUUUUCAUUUCCUGCUCGCCUGUUAUGUGGAGAUUGCUAUGAGAUUCGCUUGGACAAAGUUCUUGCAGAUGAUGCUCCAUUUGAUAUUUGUAGCUGCCAGUUUGCAUUGCAUUACUCCUGGUCUACGGAGGCUCGUGCCCGGCGAGCAUUGGCUAAUGUUUCAGCUUUACUUCGCCCAGGAGGCAUUUUCAUUGGAACUAUGCCAGAUGCCAAUGUGAUUAUCAAAAAGCUUAGACAAGCUGAAGGGCUGGUAUUUGGUAAUAGUGUCUACUGGAUCCGUUUUGAUGAAGAAUUUGCUGACAAAAAAUUCAAAUCUUCCAGCCCCUUUGGAAUAAAGUAUACAUUCCAUUUAGAGGACGCUGUUGAUUGUCCUGAAUGGAUUGUCCCCUUUCAAGUAUUCCAAAAAUUAGCCGAAGAGUAUGAUUUUGAGCUCGUCUUUGCAAAGAACUCGCACGAAUUCGUGCACGAGUACAUGAAAAAACCGGAAUUUGUAGAGCUCAUGCGAAGGCUUGGUGCAUUGGGUGAUGGCAACCAAGAUCAGAGUACACUAUCAGCUGAUGAAUGGGAAGCAGCUUAUUUAUACAUGUCAUUUGUAUUGAGAAAGCGAGGUCAACCGGACAAAACCCAAACAAGUGAUCGAAAAGAGCGAGGAUCAAUGCACAUCGAAGAGCAAGACAUAAUGUAUAUUGGCAGUGAUUAGUGCGAGUGACACAAGCAAUGGCCAGGUUAUAAAGAAUGCAAUCAUGGAGGUGAAGCUGCCUGUGGUUGCCAUGUUCUCUAAUGAUGAUUUGAUUUAAUAACAAACUUGAGUUUUGGCAAAUUUUCAAUUUGUAAUACAUUUGGGAGUUUUAUAACUUAAAUUUCAAAUUCUCUUUAAAUUUCAAAUU